GUUAAGUCUCUCUUCUCUAUCUUUUUUCUCACACACACUUUUUCUCUUCUCUUCCCCUCAAAAAAGCACACCACACAAUACACAUGCUUUUGUGGUUUCGUUUUUGCCCCUCCUGCAACCCUUUCUUUCUAUAUUCACAAAAAGCGUGAAGAACAAAAUUCAGUUCAGACUGAAAUAGAAACAAAAACUGAGCUGAGAAGCAGUGAAGAGCGUGUUUCGGAUGAGAGAUCUGUGGUGAGUUUCACGGAAAUGGCAUCAUCAGAGGUGGCGAUGAAGGGGAAUUGUCCGAACCACGGUGAUGGUGGUCGGAGCGUAACAACCGAGGGACAGAAUGGUCAUUCAGCGUCGACGGCGAGAGACGCGGAAGCUGCGCUGUACAGGGAGCUAUGGCAUGCUUGUGCUGGUCCUCUUGUGACGGUGCCACGGGAAGGAGAACGAGUCUUCUACUUCCCUCAGGGACAUAUUGAACAGGUGGAGGCUUCAACGAAUCAGGUGGCGGACGAGCAUAUGCCGGUUUACGAUCUCCCAUCUAAGAUCCUAUGCCGGGUCAUCAACGUGCAGCUGAAGGCGGAGCCGGAUACGGAUGAGGUGUUUGCUCAGGUGACCUUACUUCCUGAGCCAAAUCAAGAUGAGAAUGCCGUGGAGAAGGAGCCUCCGCCACCGCCGCCGCCACGAUUUCAUGUGCAUUCUUUCUGUAAAACCUUGACGGCCUCCGAUACCAGCACCCAUGGUGGGUUUUCCGUGCUGAGACGACAUGCUGAUGAGUGCCUUCCUCCACUGGACAUGUCAAAGCAGCCACCAACCCAGGAAUUGGCGGCUAAGGAUUUGCAUGGGAAUGAAUGGCGAUUUAGACACAUCUUUCGCGGUCAACCCCGUAGACACUUACUUCAGAGUGGUUGGAGUGUUUUUGUGAGCUCCAAAAGGCUUGUCGCUGGGGAUGCAUUUAUUUUUCUAAGAGGUGAGAAUGGGGAACUUCGUGUUGGUGUAAGGCGAGCAAUGAGACAGCAGGGCAAUGUUCCACCAUCAGUUAUCUCUAGCCACAGCAUGCAUCUUGGGGUCCUUGCAACUGCUUGGCAUGCUAUCUUGACGGGAACUAUAUUCACUGUUUAUUACAAGCCCAGGACCAGUCCUGCUGAGUUCAUUGUUCCAUAUGAUCAAUAUAUGGAGUCUCUCAAAACAAAUUAUACCGUAGGAAUGCGGUUUAAAAUGAGAUUUGAAGGUGAAGAAGCUCCGGAGCAGAGGUUUACCGGUACCGUUGUUGGAAUAGAAGAUGUUGAUUCCAAAAGUUGGAGAGAUUCCAGAUGGAGAUGCCUCAAGGUGAGAUGGGAUGAAACGUCUAACACGCCUCGUCCUGACCGAGUUUCCCCAUGGAAAAUAGAGCCUUCUCUUGCUCCUCCUGCUCUGAAUCCUCUUUCAAUGCCCAGACCUAAAAGGCCUCGAUCUAUUGCUGUUCUUUCAUCGCCAGAUUCUUCUGUUCUUACUCGAGAAGCUUCGUCAAAAGUAAGUGUAGACCCUUUACCUGCAAAUGGGUUUCCAAGGGUCUUGCAAGGUCAAGAAUUCUCGACCUUGAGAGGCAAUAUUGCAGAAAGCAAUGAGUCUGAUACGGCUGAGAAGUCUGUUGCUUGGCCACCUGCAGUAGAUGAUGAAAAAAUGGAUGUUGUUUCUACUUCAAGGAGGUAUGGAUCAGAGAGCUGGAUGUCAAUGGGGAGGAACGAGGCUACGUAUUCAGAUCUUCUUUCAGGCUUUGGGGCUGGUGGAGAUCCUUCUCAUGCAUCCAUGGGUGAUCAAAUGACCCAUGUAGCUUAUCCUGCUAGAAAGCCUUCAGUGGAUCAUGAAGGCAAUCUUCAUGUGCAUCAUACGUGGCACGUAACACCUUCGGGUCUGUCACUGAACCUCUUGGACAAUACAAAAGGUUCUGCACAUGGUGAUGAUACAGCUUACCAAGCUCGAGGAAGUUCGAGGUACACUGCAUUCGGUGAAUACCCUAUGCUCCAUGGCCAUAAAGUUGAGCAUUCACAUGGAAACUUGAUGCCACACCCAUCCUCAACUCAAUAUCAGAGUCCUCGUUCAAGAGAACUAAUGUCGAAGCCAUUGUCAGUGAAAGCUUGUGAGGCUGUUAAGCCAAAAGAUGGUGACUGUAAGCUAUUUGGCAUUUCACUUAUCAGUAGCCCUGUUGCACCAGAACCUUCUGUAUCACAAAGAAAUGGGACAACUGAGACAGCUGAUCCAAUGCAUAUUGCAUCACGUCAACACAGAACUUCUGAAGAUCAGAAUUCAGAUCACUCAAAGGGCUCAAAACUAGAAGAUGGUCAAGUUGUCGUUUAUGACCCUGAAAAGUCAUUUCAAACUUCUCAUCUGCAUCUGAAAGAUGUUCAAUCCAAAUCACAAAGUUCUGCCAGGAGUUGCACUAAAGUUCACAAGAAGGGGAUUGCACUUGGUAGGUCAGUAGACCUUACGAAGUACAGCGGCUAUGAAGAAUUGGUUGCUGAAUUGGAUCAGCUGUUUGACUUUGGGGGUGAAUUAAUGUCAACAAAAAAGGAAUGGCUCAUUGUCUAUACUGAUAAUGAGGGUGACAUGAUGCUUGUAGGCGAUGAUCCAUGGCAGGAGUUCUGUUCAAUGGUUCGGAAAAUUUAUAUCUACCCGAAAGAGGAGAUUCAGAAAAUGAGUCCAGGUACCUUGAGUUCGAAAAAUGAAGAGAAUCUGUCAGCUAGCGAAGGCACGGAUGCAAAAGAAGUUAAAGCUCAGCUGCAUCAGAAACUAAAUUCAGACAAUGGCCCUGAUAAUUAGUAGUGGUUUUCCAUAGCUUUCAGACUCCGAGGUGGAAAGUAGGGAACUGGCGUCAAGUCAUCCGGUUAGAGAACAUGACAUGAAGACGCUUUGAAUCAGAAUGUAGAGAUGGCAAUGAAUGAGUAUCCAUCCAUCCAAUUUUGGAGAUCCUGAAUGAGAUGGCAAUGAAUGUGUCUGCCCAGUUAUAUGUAAUCAUUGUGUUUUGAACGAGGGUGUUAUGGGGGUGGAGAUAGCCUUCUCUUCUGUACAUAGUUGUUUCUCUCCCUCCCUCAGAACACCAACCCAUUAAUUAAUGUAAUGAAGUUCAUACACAAUAGCAGCUUAAUGGUUGAUUGGCUGGUAUCUAGUUUAUCUGAUUUUAAUUUUGAUUAAUGAGAAUUGUGGAUAGUAAUCUUCAAUUUCA